CACCCUUUAAAAACAUGAUUCUUAUUAAAAAAAUAAUCAUUAUUAUUAAAAAAGUUAUUCAAGCAGUACCAAAGAUUUUUCAGUGAAAAGUAAGUUUUUAACAUUUUCUUCCACCCUGGACUUUAUGUCUCUUGCCAGAGGCAGUGAUUAUUAUCAGUCUCCUGAGUAUCUUUCCAGAUGUAGCGUAUGUUUAUAUCUCUAUAUAUAGACCCUACAUAUUUUAUUUUGUAAACACAGGAGAGAAGAUUAUAAACACACUGUUCAGUACCUUGAAUGUUCCACUUGGUGAUGUAGUGUUCAUAUCAGAGCACAUUGGUCUCAUUCUUUUUGAUGGCUGUGUCAUAUUUUACAGUGGAUUCCCCACUGAUGGACAGGAUCUUGUGAAUACAAAUGAUGUUGCAGUGAAUGUCCUUCUACAUGGGACUGCAGGCACCUGAGCCAGUACAUCUGUCAGAAACAGUAGUGCUUUCUUUUCCAAGAGAUAUCAAAGCUCAGUUCUGGUUUCCACCAGACUUCCCAGGCGUGGCCCACCUUGGCUACCUCCUCUUUCUCUCCACUCCUUAAAUACCUACAACAUGCCCACUGACAUACUCAAAGGCCACCAAUGACCCCCUUCCUUAGUGCACCACCUCUGACUCUUCUGCAGAAUUUGACCCUACUUCCUAUCCUUUCCUGAAGCUCUCCUUGCUUGGCUGAUAGGAGGGGUAAUCUUUGUCCUCACCUAUCUCUCAUCAUGCUUUUCCUGUGCCCUUUCCUGUCUCCCAAAGGUCACCAUUUGGCAGGAGCGUGAGGGCGUGGGACCUGCUGGGCCAGCCCUUUCAGCUCCUGGUUGUCCCACCCAGGGUGUCACACCCACCCGUUGACCUCACUGCCUGGACCCUAGAGGAAUGUAAGAUUUUGAUUUAUUUUUCAGUAUGGUUAGAAACAAACGCAUGUGAUUCCAUUUAUGUAAAAAGGAAAAUGCACCUCCCUAUCUAUCUAUCUAUUUAUCUGUCUAUCUAUCCCUCCAUCCACCUACAGAGAUCCUCCCAGGAGUUGGCCAAAUAGAACACAUUGGCAAUAGCACAGAGAACGCUACUCAAUACUCUGUAAUAACCUUUACGGGAAAAGAAUCUGAAAAAGAAUAGAUACAAGUAUAUGUAUAACUAAAUCACUUUGCUGUACACCUGAAACCAACACAACAUUGUAAAUCAACUAUACUGUAAUAUAAAAUAAAAUUAAAAUUAAAAAAAAACACACUGGCAGGCCUGUUUGCAAACUCUGUGUGAUACACCAAAUACUAACAGCGAUUAUUUCUGGAUGCUAUGAUUGUGGAUAAUUUUUCUACAUGCUCAACUGUUUUUUUUCUAAAAUUUCAACAAUGGAACAUAGAUAUUAAUAAUAUAUUAAUAUUCAUAUAUUAUUAUUAUGUCCCAAACCUAUCUUCCCCCCAACCCUCCUGCCAAUUUAACUUUUACCCUAGAAAUUCCUAUUUGUCAGAAUUCUGGGACUCUUCCUAGGUUUAAAACCUGGUAGGCAUGCUUCGUAUUCCUUCCCUCUCAUAUUCUAUCUUCCUACUACACUUUGUGGUUAUUCGAGUGAAUUUCUAUCUCCUCUGUUAGAUUUUUAGUUCUUAAGGGACACAGACCUUGUCUUAUCUCUCUCCCUGGGGCCCAUCACACAGCACAGCUCACAAACAGAUGCUCCCAAAAUGGUUACUGAACCUUCUGCUUGAUGCCUCAGGCUUGUUGACAUCCUGCAACUGUCACCUGCCUGAGAAAUUUCCUCUAUAAAUAAGCAGUUUCUGUUUCAGGUAUAAACCAUAGCCCUUGCUACAUAUGCCCCAUCUCUUACCCCACCCAGGCCUCAAACUUAGAAACUGGAAUUAGUGUUGGUAUUCAAAUCCUUAGCCAUGGUACCAAGAGUCAGCCCCCAUAAGAACCAAGUCAUUGAUGUGAAGUUCUUUUUUUCCCUCGACAUUCUAGCAGCUGUCAUUACAUUUGCUGGGGAAUUCUCGACGAGAUUUUACUUGUCCUCCCAUGCUGUUCUUUCUGUGGUUUCCUUGUUUCUUUUUGCGAUCCGGUUCCAGAUGGCUCAACAGUGCUUCCAAAAUGAAUAUUUUGACAGAUUGCUGAAUGCUUGCAAACCGUGUCACCUUCGAUGCCCUAAUACCCCUCCUCUAAUAUGUCAGCGUUAUUGUAAUACAAUGAAAGGAACAAAUGCAAUUCUCUGGACCUGUUUGGGCCUCAGCUUGAUCGUUUCUUUGACAGUUUUCGUGUUGAUGUUCUUGCUCAGGAAGAUGAGCUCCGAGCCAUUAAAGGACGAAUUUAAAAACACAGGACCGGCUCUCCAGAAGGAUGCGAAUGCAGACCUGUAUGAGAGCGACAAUGGCGGGACUGGUGCGGAAACUCUUCUUUCGAGAGGCCUCGGGUACACAGUGGAAGAAUGUACGUGUGAAGACUGUGUCAGGAGCAGACCAAAGGUCGACUCUGACCAUUUCUUUCCACUCCCAGCCAUGGAGGAAGGUGCAACCAUUCUUGUCACCACAAAAACAAACGACUACUGCAACAGCCUGCUAGCUGCCUCGAGUGUCACGAGUGUCACGGGGAUGGAGAAAUCAGUUUUCCCAGCUAAUUAACCAUUUCAAUGGUAUAGAGCUACUUGGAAAAUCUUUUGUCAGAAGAAAAGGAUGAUAUAUCGGAUCUGUUUAGGAUGAUUGUACUUAUCAGUGGAUGAUAUGGCUUUUUGUUCUCUAAUUCUGGAAAAUCUUUGUUAGAUAUAUUUUUCUACCUUACUGUUGGGAGCUUAGCUGUGGAAACUUCCUUGGUUUCAUGAUUAAAUUGACUCACUGAAAAAAAAAAA